AUGGAGAUGCACGUCCUCAACGUGCUCUUGGCCGCCUGCCUCCUUGGCUGCUCGGCGUUGGCCGAUCCAUCACCAUCGGAUUCGGCCGCUCAGCCCGCAAUCACCCACCGGGGCAAGAGCCCCGAGUACUCGAGCGGAGAUUCCGAGGUUUACUCAACGGUGUGGUCCGACAGCGGGAGCGAGUGCGAGGACGAAGACUUCUUCAUCAUUCUCUGCGGGAGCCCAUUGACGAAGCACUUGAAGGCUCCGAUCUACUGCCGGGACUCGAAACACGCCCACUGCAAAGAGCUGCGUUACGUUUUGCACAGCAAGCUCGCGCAACAGCAUGAGGCUGAUUGCAGGCGAUUGUGUGGUUGCGUCUCGAGCACACGAGACACUGCUAUCGAAUACUUCAGGGCUGGGCGGUUGAGCGGUCGACCGAAAACGCCGCAACGCUAA